UCGUCACCUGCUCUCCCACCGAUUCCGGUCGCCUCUCCCUUUCGCCCACACGCCGUCGUCACAGCCUCACACUAGCUAGCUAGCUAGCUUUACGCGAGAGGCGCGAGGAGGAGGAGCACGCCUAGCGGCUAGGGGUAGCUGGCUAGCUCCACCGCGGCGAGCGUACAUGUCGGCGGCGGUGUCUCCCGGCGUGGCCGGCACCGCACGGAGACUGUCUCCGUCUCCCAAGCCGGCCGGCGCCAGGGACAAGGACAAGGACAAGGAGGAGCCUCCAUCGCGCGAGGGCGCCGACAAGGCCAGGAGGAGGCUGCUGCUGCCGUCGGCCCCGGCCAGGGGCGCCGCGGCGUCCAUGCUGCUGCGCCGUGCCAGCGCCGGCGCGCGGGGGAGCAGCUACGUGCACCCGUCGUCGUCGCUCAGCGUCUCGUGCGCGUCGGAGGCGUCCACCGAGUCCUUGUGCAGCCGCGCGUCGACGGGCCGGAUCGGCCGCCGCCCCGCGGGCCCGCCCGUGGGAGCCCCGCGGCGGAGGGCGGCGGGCUCGGCCGGGCCUCCUUCUGCGCGCCCGGCCUCGUCCAGGAAGGUUGUUGCCAGCGCCGUGCCAGGCGGCGCGGCCACUGAUGCUCCGGCGGUGCUGAUGCUGGGCUCGGUCACCGCGACGUCGGCGGGGCCGCCGAGGUGCCCCUGGGUUACCCCAAACACUGAUCCCUGCUACGCUGCCUUCCAUGACCAAGAGUGGGGAGUGCCAGUACAUGACGACAAGAAACUGUUUGAAAUGCUUACUCUGUCCGGUGCACUGGCUGAGAUGGCAUGGCCUGCAAUUCUCAGCAAGAGGGACACCUUCAGAGAAGUGUUCAUGGACUUCGACCCUGUGUUGGUGGCGAAGCUGAACGAGAGAAAAUUCUUGGCGCCAAGCAGCCCUGCUAGCUCCCUGCUGUCUGAACACAGGCUGCGCAUAAUCAUCGAAAACGCACGUGAGUUGCUGAAGGUCAUAGAGGAGUUUGGAUCGUUCGACAGCUACUGCUGGAGCUUCCUGAGCAACAAGCCGAUGGUUGGUGGAUACAGGCACACGCGGGAGGUGCCGCUGCGGACGGCGAAGGCCGACGCCAUCAGCCAGGACCUGAUGCGUCGGGGGUUCCUCGGCGUCGGCCCGACGGUGGUCUACGCCUUCAUGCAGGCCGUCGGCAUGGCCAACGACCACCUCGUCACCUGCUACCGCUUCGAGGAGUGCUGCGACAUCAAAGACGUAGUCGCCGGCUACGGUGACAGUUGCAAGCCGGCAGCGGGGAGCGAGCAGGAGGUGAGCAUGCUCUGUGGGCUGGUGCAGUGCGUCGCCCUGGAGCCGUCGAGAGCCGCCACGGUGAUGAGCAUCUCAUAGCAGCCAGCUGAGGCUAGCUAUACCAACCAGGUGAUCGAUGACGCGAAGAACGAGUAGGGAUUAAUUAUUAUUAGGCGAGUUGAUUCCACUUAAUCGUGCUGGUGCAAUGAUUGCAUGUGUAGAUAUUGGUCGUGUUUGAGCGAGGUGUACAUGGUUGUUGAUGUGAGGUUUGAGAAAUUGGGGUUUGCUUGAGCUGAGGAUGUUGAAAAGAUGUGUAGGUAUAGGACAAGAAGUUUCAGACGACGACGUGUUCACAUUUCACAUUACAGGCAUAUGUUGAACUAAAGGAGUGGCGUGGUGUGGAGCCGGUACAGAUCUUGUAAAGUUGGAAAGAUUGUUCUCUAACCGAUAUGCAAAGCAAAAGAAAGUCCCUUGCUUCGGCUUUGUUUUC